AUGGUCUCCAACAAUACAGACAUCGUCCAUUUCAAAGAAAUUGUUUCUGAUAUGUUGGAUCUGCUUCGUUUGUUGGAUACCCUUGGCGUUACUGUUUACAUCGAUCAGUGUGCUGAAGCAGAUCUGAGGUACUACAUGGAGCUACACUCAAAUAUGUUUAUCACUGAAGACAGAUCUCUAGACGACUAUUAUGUUAAAUUAGUUGAUGUUAGAAUACUGGAGCCUGGCAACGUGCCUCGCGAUAUUAUGGAAAAGUCUAUUUGUCGUCUACUUCUGGCUACAUACUCGAACACGGUAGGGCCGAUACCGUUUGACUGCUUUCAGCCUUGA